AUGGACUUGACCACUCGUCGGGGGGACAUGUUGGAAGGUGCUGGGGACGUGUUGUCUUUAAAUGGGAAUGGGACUGACCAGGUGUGCCGGGACUUAGUGAAUGGAACGGAAAGCGGUUGUGACGUCAACACCGUGACGGCGGAAGUGACAUCUAGGAAGACGAACUCGUUUAGCAUCAGGAACCUCGUUGGGACGGGGGAGCCAGAUAGGCCGUCUGAUGGCGCGCCUAAUCCAAGCGAUGACCUAAACAGUAAAUGGUGGGUUAUGGAAAUGCCCAAGUCCAACAGUGGACGGGACCAGUGUGAUGAUGGUGAUGACAAUGACAAUGGAAGGAUGUCGCUAGACAUCGACCCAAGUGGACCCCAUCUGUGCUACCCUAAUGGCUCUUUGCUUGCAGUCCUGCGUAUUAUAGCAGUGGAUCUUACACUGCGUAUAAUACAUAGCAUAGGGCAGCAGGGGAACCGAGAGACGAAUGAUGGAAAGCGAUCAGUACCAACCAUGGACAUUCACGCCCCAUGCCAUUGA